AUGGACAGCACAAAGGAGAAGAGUGAUGAUUACAAAGAUGAUCUUCUGCUUAGGAUGGGACUGAAUGAUAAUAAAGCGGGAAUGGAGGGUCUAGAUAAAGAGAAAAUUAACAAGAUUAUAAUGGAAGCCACAAAGGUUGACAGAUUUGCAAUGGAAUUAGAACAGAGCCGGGACCUGAACAAUACCAUCGUGCAUAUUGACAUGGAUGCUUUCUAUGCCGCUGUAGAAAUGAGGGACAAUCCGGAACUGAAGAAGAAACCCAUUGCUGUAGGAUCAGUGAGUAUGUUGUCUACUUCAAAUUACCAUGCAAGAAGAUUUGGUGUUCGUGCAGCCAUGCCAGGAUUUAUAGCUAAGAGACUCUGCCCACAACUUAUUAUAGUGCCCCCAAACUUUGACAAAUACCGAGCUGUGAGUAAAGAGGUUAAGGAAAUACUUGCUGAUUAUGAUCCCAAUUUUAUGGCCAUGAGUCUUGAUGAAGCCUACUUGAAUAUAACCAAGCACUUACAGGAAAGGCAAAACUGGCCUGAGGACAAAAGAAAGUAUUUCAUCAAAACAGGAAACUCUGCAGAAAAUGAUAAAUUGACUGAGCAUGAACUGUCCAUUUCUCCACUACUUUUUGAAGACAGUCCUCCUGAUUUGCAAGCUCCAGGAAUUCCUUUCCAAACAAACUCUGAAGAACAGAACAAUCCUCAGAUACUCCAAAACUCAGUUGUUUUUGGAACAUCAGCUGAGGAAGUGGUAAAGGAAAUUCGUUUCAGAAUUGAACAAAAAACAACACUGACAGCCAGUGCAGGCAUUGCCCCAAAUACAAUGUUAGCAAAAGUAUGUAGUGAUAAGAAUAAACCAAAUGGACAAUAUCAAAUUCUCCCCAACAGACAAGCUGUGAAGGAUUUCAUCAAGGACUUACCCAUUAGGAAGAUUUCUGGAAUAGGAAAAGUAACCGAGAAAAUGUUAAAGGCCCUUGGAAUUAUUACUUGCACAGAACUCUACCAACAGAGGGCAUUACUUUCGCUCCUUUUCUCUGAAACCUCUUGGCAUUAUUUCCUUCAUAUUUCCCUGGGACUAGGCUCAACACACCUGGAAAGGGAUGGAGAGAGGAAAAGUAUGAGCGUUGAGAGAACAUUCAGUGAGAUAAGUAAAGCAGAAGAACAGUAUAGCUUAUGCCAAGAACUUUGCAGUGAACUUGCUCACGAUCUUCAGAAAGAAGGACUUAAGGGUAGAACUGUUACCAUUAAACUGAAGAAUGUGAAUUUUGAAGUAAAAACUCGUGCAUCUACAGUUUCAUCUGUUGUUUCUACUGCAGAAGAAAUAUUUGCCGUUGCCAAGGACCUGCUGAGAACAGAAAUUGAUGCUGAUUUUCCACAUCCCUUGAAAUUAAGACUUAUGGGUGUGCGGAUAUCUAGUUUUCCCAACGAAGAAGAUAAGAAACACCAACAAAGGAGCAUUAUUGGCUUCUUACAGGCUAGAAACCAAGCCCUGCCAGCCAGUGGGUGUGUACUGGAGAAAACUGACAAAGAUCAGUUUAUAAAACCUCAGGAAAUAACUCCUCAGAAGAGUUUCUUUGAUAAAAAAAGAUCAGAAAUGAAGUGGAGCCACCAGGACGCAUGUAAAUGUGAAACUCUGAAUAAACAAAGUGUACACACAUCACAGCCCUUUCAAGUUUCAAAGAUGAAUGAGAACUUUGAAGCGGCAGAGAAUUCAGAUAGCUGUCAGAUAUUUACCUGUCCUGUUUGCUUUCGAGAGCAAGAAAACAUCAGUUUAGAAGCCUUUAAUAGACAUGUGGAUGCAUGUCUUAGGGGACCUUCUGUCAGUGAAGAACAUGCUUCCUCUUCAGAAAUUAACACAAAAGAAAAUGUGCAUCAUUCUCUUUCACUCAGUGAGAAGCAGACUUCGGAAACCCAUGAGAAUAAUAUAGAAGUCACUUUAGUAGACUAUGAAGAUUUGGCAGAAACCAGAGAUAACAUAUCUACUAAAGCAGAAAGUAUAGAUGCUUUAAACAAUAAGGAAAGGGAAGGGGAAUAUCCCAGCCUUCCAAGCAAGUCUUUUAAUAUGGAAUGCUUUCAUCAGAAUUCUUCUUGUACUGUUUCAUUGGAAAAUCAAGAUGGCAGGUCAUUAAAUAGGCAAAAAUCCCUCCAGCCGCAUUUCCAAGAAAUGAUAACAGACCAAGCUCUAGUUUGUCCUGUCUGCAACUUAAAACAAAAGACUUCGGAUCUUUCUCUUUUCAAUAUGCAUGUGGAUGUUUGCUUAAAUAAAGACAUUAUUCAGGAAAUGAGGAAGGAUAAAGUUAAUCCAGUUAACCAACCCAAAGACAACUCGAGAAGUACUGGUAGCUCAGACAAAGUACAGAAGAUGGUAACAAGAACAAAAAGGACAGGACUAACAACGAAGUAUUCGAGAUCAAAGAAAAUAAAACCAAACCAUUCCAAGCAUACCCUUGAUCUGUUUUUUAAAUGA